CUUCCGCCACUGUGCCAAACCAUGUCCAUUGUACGGAGUGUUCUGAAAGAGUGCCGCGACUGAGCUGUGGACGUGCUGUCUGUUACGUGCGUGAUUUAGCGUGGGUUGUUGCGUACGGUAUCGUUAGUCCUGCAGCUUUGUCUCGGAUCGCUUACGAGUGCUGUCAUAGUCUUUGCGAAGAAGUGGGGUGUUUGUUUGCGGGACAGGCGGCGGCUUUCUCUGCGUUGGAAUUCGCUCGUUAGCGGCAACGGCUCCAGCCACCUUGCGGUCUUGCUAGCAUCGGGAGCUAGCCCACGGUUGUGCUGUUUUCGUGGCGUGAAUGUGACGGAUAUCGGCGGGAAUAUGAGUCUCAAGGGAGGCCAUCGCAUGUCAGAGUAAACCGGGGGGAGAAAAAGAACGCAGAACAAUCGUUACCCCCCUGAACCGAACAUCCAAACUAGCUAGCUUGCUAACUGUUCGCCACCGGGUUGUCUUUCACAAAAGGACACCGCGUGAAAAGCUUGAAGAGACAGACUCCCGCUGCUUUCCUGUUUUUACUGUUUUUACUUUGUUUUGGGCUGACAAACCAGAAGCGGGACAGCGGGGCAGGAUGAAUGGCUUCAGCACGGAGGAGGACAGCCAUGACGGCCCUCCGGCUCCACCGUUUUACGGGCAGAGCUGCUGUCUGAUCGAGGACGGGGAGCGCUGCGGCCGGCCAGCUGGAAACGCCUCCUUCAGCAAGAGGAUCCAGAAGAGCAUAUCCCAGAAGAAGCUGAAACUGGACAUCGACAAGAGCGUGCGGCACCUCUACAUCUGCGACUUCCACAAGAACUUCAUCCAAAGCGUUCGCAACAAGAGAAAGAGGAAGACGAGCGAUGAUGGAGGAGAAUCCCCGGAUCAUGACGUGGAGGUGCCUGAGGUUGACCUUUUCCAGCUGCAGGUGAACACAUUGAGACGCUACAAGCGACACUACAAGCUGCAGACCAGACCAGGACUCAACAAGGCCCAGCUGGCAGAGACGGUAAGUCGUCACUUCAGGAAUAUUCCGGUGAACGAGAAGGAGACGCUGACCUACUUCAUUUACAUGGUGAAGAGCAGCAAGAGCCGGUUGGACCAGAAAGCAGACGGCAGCAAACCACUGGACUAAACGCGUUUUUUUUUUUCCAGCAGCAGCAAACGACAACAACUACGACAAAAAUGUACAAGUGACGACCGACCAGCGUCUACAGAAACCAUCCAAAAAAACAAACAAACAAAAAAAAAAACAUUAAACACCACUAACAGCAAUGACAACCAAAACCAUCUCCUCCUGAAACCAGUAGCCGUCCUGCUCCUCCUCCAGAACUCAAAGUCCUGCUGUCGUUAGAGGAUGAUCUAUGGAAACUGGAGGAACAUUUAAGGUGGGAGAACCUCUUUGUCGCAUGUUGUCACGAUGGUCAAUCUUCCUCUUAGGCACUCUCUGCAAAAAAAAAAAAUGGAAAUAAGGGUCUGAAAGGCCUACAGACUGUCGAGGACCAGGACUCACUCCGCAGGGUCACCAUGCUGUAAUGUAAAUGUCGAUAUGUACAAAAUAACAGCGUCCGAUCGCAAGUAACUCUGUUGAAUGCAAUGUACCAUAUAUAUAGCUGCCUUAAGAGUAAAAACAAAACACCUUUUUUUGGUAAUUUGGGUAUUUCACGGUGAGGAAUGCUUGUGCCAAACGGGAAAGAGUGGCAGCACUGAAUGAUGCUGAGUUGGAGUUUAUGAAUGAAUGGAUUUUUGGAAAGUCUUUUUGCUAAAAUCACGUCCAGGGAUAAAGGCUCAGGUCCGGUUCGAUAAACAAAACUGAUCUAAAAACACUUUAAUCUGUACGUAAGGUUU